AUGGAUGCGGCGUACGGCGACGACGUCGACGCGCGCGGUGCGAUCGCGACGCCGCCGCGACCGACGACGUCGACGACGGUGCUGAAGAACGGGGCGACGAUCGCGAGUGAGAACACGCCGGGGGUGACGGUCGCCCUGGGGGCGUACUGCGACGUCGGGAGCGCGCAUGAAAAGCCGUGGCAGAGAGGUUUCGCGCACGCGCUGGAACGCGCGGCGUUUAAAUCGACGUCGAACAGGAGUGCGUUUCGCGUCACGCGUGAGUGUGAGGUGAUCGGGGCGAAUCUGAGCGCGAGCGCGAGUCGGGAACAGUUUUGUUUCGCCGCGGAUGCGUUGAAGACGCGCGCGGCGGAGACGACGGAACUGUUGCUCGAUUGCGCGAUGAACGCGUCGUUGCACGAUUACGAGAUUGAAGAAGUGGUGAAGUCGUUGAAGGAAGAGGUGAAGGAGCUGAACGAGAACCCGCAGGCGAUGUUGAUGGAGGCGGCGCACGCGACGGCGUAUUCCGGGGGUUUGGGGGCGCCGCUCGUCGCCCCGGGAGGCGACCUCUCGCACAUCGACGGCGACUCGCUCAGAGAGUUCGUGCGGGAGAACAUGAAGGCGUCGAGAAUCGUUCUCGCGGCGAGUGGGAUCGAUCACGACGAGCUCGUUCGCAUCGCUGAACCCUUGUUGCUCACCGCGGACGGCUCCUCGACCGGGUCGCCGCAAGAGGCGUCGACGUACACCGGGGGGGAUUUCCGCCAAAAGACGGACGCCCCGAUCGCGAGCAUGAUUCUUGGAUUUGAGUUCAAGGGUGGUUGGCGCGACGUCAAGGCGUCGACGGCGAUGACGGUGCUCACCAUGCUCUUGGGCGGCGGCGGCUCGUUCUCCGCCGGGGGGCCGGGCAAGGGGAUGUACUCGCGCCUGUACACUCGAGUUCUCAACCGAUACUCCUGGGCCCAGAACUGCACGGCGUUCCACAGCAUCUUCAACGACACCGGAAUCGUCGGGAUCUCCGCCAUGGCGAACUCGGCGCACGUCGGCGACAUGGCCAAGGUUAUGGCGAGCGAGCUCCAAGCCGUCGCCGCCAAGGGUGGGAUCGACGCCAAGGAGCUCGAACGGGCGAAGAACGCGACCGUGAGCUCCAUCCUGAUGAACCUCGAGUCCAAGGCGGUCAUCGCCGAAGACAUCGGUCGGCAAAUGUUGACGUACAAGUACCGCAAAUCCGCGGAUGAUUUCAUCGCCGAGGUUCGCGCGGUCACCGCGGCGGAUGUCGCGCAGGCGGCGAGCAAUUUGCUCGCGAGCGAGCCCACGUUUGCGGCCUCGGGCGACUUGUACGCCGCGCCUCGAUUCGAUGAGAUCAAGGCGAUGUUUAAGUGA